CAGAAUCUGAAACAGGCUCCAGGCUCUGAGCUGUCAGCACAGAGCUUGACGCGGGGCUCGAACUCACGGACCGUGAGAUCAUGACCUGAGCCGAAGUCGGACGCUUAACCGACCAAGCCACCCAGGCGCCCCCGGCAGGUAUAGUUUUUGAGGCCAGUCUUUGAGAUUUGUUCUUAUCCUGGGAGGGCUCUUAGCUGGAUUUCUCUGGUGACUAGGGGAGUUAUAGUUUAGCUUGUUGCUUUGCAUUAUCAUUUUCAAGAGCAUCCUUGGGUUCAAAUGUACCCAUACUCUGUUUCAAACAAAGUCAGUUGUUUUGGGGAACAGCUCUCCUAUGGAUCACCUCUCCCCUCAGGGCAAAAUCUCUGAACCACCUGUCUGGCUGCUGGGUAGAGUGGUAGCCUCUGGUCUUCUCAGCUUGCUUCUCCAAAUAUAGAGCCUCUCCCCUCAGAGUGACUUGGGGCAAAAUUGGUCAAAGUCCCCAGUAGUUUUGCCCUGUUACUCCUGGGGUAGAGCCUCCUUAUGAAUAGGGGGUAAGGUAGAGGAAAUGAGUCCCUGACCUGUCAGUCAUACUCAGUCAUACUCAAUAGGGGUCUUUACCCCUUCUCCUUCGGGAGAGGAGAAAUGCUGGUGGCCUGUCUCUCCUAGUGACAUGAUAAGCCUUGACUGGGAGCUAAGAGGGAGAGAGAGCCUGUAUUCUUGGUCUCCCAGAGCUCCCAGUGAGCUCCUGUCACACUGAACUGGAAGGUAGAUGGGGAAGGAGGUGGGUCAUGGCUCACAUGUCAUAAACUUUCUCUGUUCUUAUUAGUUAGUAGAUUUAGUUGAAUAAGUGUUCCUCCAUUUGCUCCAUGGCUUUAGGACAAUUUCCAGAGACUUUAGGAUUUUGUGAUUUUUUUCUUUCUUUUUUCUUUUUUUAUAGUAGUGUUCACGAGCUUUGCUUGUUUGGUUGGAGAGGGUGUUUACAGAGCUCCUUAUUUAUUCUGCUAUCCCAAAAAGGGAACUCUACGUUUGCUUUUGAAGCAUAUUUUUUUAGAUCUAGAAUUCUAAGUUAACAGGAUUUUCCCUUCAGUGCUUUGCCUCCUGGCCCCCAUUGUUGUGGUCCUGUCUGUAAUGUCUCCUGUCCUCUACUCACUGGCUGGCUGGUGGUGUCCUUAUCUUGGUUCGUUUAGGUUUGACUAUGGUGUUCAUUGGUAUGGUUUAUCCUGAUCACUGCUUUCCUUCAAGAAUCUGGAGUUUUGAUACAUGCUAGGCCCUCUGUGGCCAGCCCCCAAUAAAAAAUCCCAGGCAGGAAGUCCUUAAUAAGCUUCUCUGGUAGACAGCAUUUUGCAUGUGCUAUGACAUCUUGUGGCUGGAGGAACGGAGCUCAUCCUGUCAGAGUCCCCUGGGAGAGGACCUUGCAGGCUCGUGUUUGGUUUCUCUCAGACUUGCCUGCACACACUUUUCCCUUUGCUCAUUGUGCUGUGUCCUCCUGCUGUAUUAAGCCACAGCCGUGAGAGAGACUGCACGCUGAGUCCUGGGAGUUCUCCCAGUGAAUCCCCAAACCCAGCGCCUCCAACACACCAAUUGUUGCUCUCCACGAGCCUGGUAUGGUAGUCCAGGAGCACGCCUGGGAUUUGAGGGGGGUUAUAAAGUUGUUUGGGGGGGCUCCCCCUUCUGUGGGGCCCUCCUGUCUGUGAUCUGUCAAUCCCUGACUCUGCCCUCUGACGUCAAAGCCUGGAAGACUGCACUUUCUGCCUGAGUCCUGCCAGCUGCCUGGGGAGUGCAGAAGCCCUUGGCUUCUCUUGUUUGAAGGGUCCCAUCCCCUCAGUUUCUACCGGCUUUUGGUUUCUUUACAGUGUUUUUCAAAUAAUUAUGUUUAUAUUAUUCCUUUAUUUCUGGCAGUGGAACUGUCUGCCUGUGUUUUUAAUAGUUAGCAAAUGUUCUUAGUAAUUCAGGCAACUUUUCCUAUUCUUAAUAGUAAACACAACUUUUCAAAUGGCUGGUGACACACUCCUCUCCCUCAUUUAAAGAGCUGUUGCUAAUAUUGCACUGUAUGUCAACUAACUAGAACUUAAAUUUAAAUAAAAAUGUGAAGAGAAGAAAAAAUAAAAAGCCGUUGCUUUUCAAAGGCCCACUAGAACUCUUUGAUAAAAGCAGGGGUUUUGUUUAUUCAUUUUUUCCAUAGUGAUGCUGUUGUUUCGAAUUUCCCAGCCUUUGGUGUAAGACCCAAGCCUGAGAAAAGUUCUCAGCAUCUCUUGUGUCAGAGUUAUCCUGGCAGCCUGUUCCACUGUUCUGGGAGGAAUCACAGCAAGUAUCAGCAAGCAACAGCAUCUUGCUGACAGGGUUGUCGACGAUGAUACAAUGUGCCAAAUUUUUCCUACUGUGAUUGUUUUGCAACUUAGGUCUUUUCUUCUAAGCUGAUAUAUUUGCAUGCCUUGCCCUGAUACAUUUUCUAGGCCGUUUGGCAUUUAAAUGUAACAGCAGCAGUUACUCUUUCUUCCUACUCUUCCUGAGUUCUUUAACCACUUUGGACUUCUCUGUGGGUUUUUGUUUCCUGUGUUGGUGAACCUUUUGUCCAUCCUUUUCUGGCUUCUGCAACCUGGUAGCACAUUUCAGCUCAUUCCUGGAGCCACAGCUAUCAGGAUGUGCUCUGAGGUUGAAAGGAUUGUUGACAAAAGGAAAAAUAAAAAAGGGAAGACAGAAUACCUGGUUCGGUGGAAAGGCUAUGACAGUGAGGAUGACACCUGGGAACCAGAGCAGCACCUUGUGAACUGUGAGGAGUACAUCCACGAUUUUAACAGACGCCACACUGAAAAGCAGAAAGAAAGCACACUACCCAGAACAAACAGGACCUCUCCAAACAAUGCCAGGAAACAGAUCUCCAGAUCCACCAACAGCAACUUUUCCAAGACCUCUCCUAAGUCACUAGUGAUUGGCAAAGACCACGAGUCCAAAAACAGUCAGCUGUUUGCUGCCAGCCAGAAGUUCAGGAGAAACACAGCUCCAUCUCUCUCAAACCGGAAGAAUAUGGACCUGGCAAAAUCAGGUAUAAAGAUACUUGUGCCUAAGAGCCCCAUUAAGAGCAGGACCGCAGUGGACGGCUUUCAGAAUGAGAGCCCUGAGAAACUGGACCCCGUCGAACAGGGUCAGGAGGACACAGUAGCACCAGAAGUGGCCGCCGAAAAGCCAGUCGGAGCUUUACUGGGCCCUGGUGCAGAGCGAGCUAGAAUGGGGAGCAGGCCACGAAUACAUCCAUUAGUGCCUCAGGUGUCUGGCCCUGUGACUGCGGCCAUGGCCACGGGAUUAGCUGUUAACGGAAAAGGUACAUCUCCAUUUAUGGACGCGCUAACAGCCAAUGGAACAACCAACAUACAGACAUCUGUUACAGGAGUGACAGCCGGGAAAAGGAAAUUUAUUGACGACAGAAGAGACCAGCCUUUUGACAAGCGGUUGCGUUUCAGUGUGAGGCAAACAGAAAGUGCCUACAGAUACAGAGAUAUUGUCGUCAGGAAGCAGGAUGGCUUCACCCACAUCUUGUUGUCAACAAAAUCAUCAGAGAAUAACUCACUAAACCCAGAGGUAAUGAAAGAAGUCCAGAGUGCCCUGAGCACAGCUGCUGCCGACGAUAGCAAGCUUGUGCUGCUCAGCGCUGUGGGCAGCGUCUUCUGCUGCGGUCUCGACUUUAUUUAUUUUAUACGGCGUUUAACAGAUGACAGAAAAAGAGAAAGCACUAAAAUGGCGGAAGCUAUCAGAAACUUCGUGAAUACUUUCAUUCAGUUUAAGAAGCCUAUUAUUGUAGCAGUAAAUGGCCCAGCCAUUGGACUAGGAGCCUCCAUAUUGCCUCUUUGUGAUGUGGUUUGGGCCAACGAAAAGGCUUGGUUUCAAACACCCUAUACUACCUUCGGACAGAGUCCAGAUGGCUGUUCCACCGUUAUGUUUCCCAAGAUUAUGGGAGGAGCAUCUGCAAAUGAAAUGUUGCUCAGUGGACGGAAGUUGACAGCGCAGGAGGCUUGCGGCAAAGGCCUGGUCUCCCAGGUGUUUUGGCCCGGGACCUUCACCCAAGAAGUUAUGGUUCGCAUCAAGGAGCUUGCCUCCUGUAAUCCAGUUGUGCUGGAAGAGUCCAAAGCCCUUGUGCGCUGUAACAUGAAGGUGGAGCUGGAGCAGGCCAACGAGAGGGAGUGUGAAGUGCUGAAGAAAAUCUGGGGCUCGGCUCAAGGGAUGGACUCCAUGCUGAAGUACCUGCAGAGGAAGAUCGAUGAGUUCUGACGGCCAGGUGCCUGCUGGUGACACUGGAAUUCUAGAGCAGCACACCUGUGGCACCACGUUGCCCUCCUCCUCCCUCACAGCCUGAAACAAGUUCACUCUUAGCUCACGCUUGGAAGCAGGACUUACAACAUCCAAGCUAUUUAUUAUCAAGGAGUUUUUAAGUACUGUAACUUUAAAAUAAAUAACUACAAAGCUCCUUUGUCCAAACGUCAUUAUUUUAUACUUAAUAUACACACAAGUAUAAAAGUAUAAUGGUGAGCUCUAGACUGCUCUUCGAAGCUCUAAUUUUUGUUAUCUUUAGCUAGUACUGUAUAAAAAAGAAAUGAAGCGUGUUUUGCUGGUUUCAGGUGGCAGAAAAGUCUGGAAUAAUGUUUGUUUCCCUUAUUUUUUCUUUCUAGAACAGGGAAUCUAAAGGGUAUUAGCCAGCCUCCUCUCUCCUGUCCCAAAUAGAGAUACAGAAAGAUCUGAGGUGUGCCUUUGUCUCCAAAAAGGUACAUGUAUCUCAGAGGUGGAAUGUCCUGAAUCAAAAGUAAAACUUACCUUGUAGGAUAAGUAUUUCUGAUGAAAAACCCACUGAUGAACAUACCGCCAAACUGAAGUACACUUAAGAUUCAUGCUGGAAAAUCCAAUGAUUCUUCCUUUUUAAUAUAUCCAGUUCUUACCCAGUUAACAUGAGGAAACCACUGUCUCUCCAGAAGAAAGCUUGUUUUGCAGUAUUAGUGAAUCACUGAAUAGCUUAAGUACGAGUAUCUAAGUUAUAAGUUAGUCUUAGUGGAUUUUAAAGAGUUUUUCUGACCCUUUUGAAAAAUAACUACAUAAGUGCUUCUUGUUGCUGGGUGAGAAAUACUACUUUAUAUGCAGUUUUGGUUUUCUAUUUGCAGAUAUGAUUGAUGUAUUACACCAAAAAAAAGUAUUUUUAUGUUUAUAAAGUAAUUUUUAGGUUCACUUAGAAUAUAUUUUAUUUAAUAAGUUAAAAUUCUUUUGGCACACUAUUAAAUGCAGGAACUCCUUUAAAAAAAAAAAAAAAAGAA